UCCCAGUUACUUGAGCAAUGUCCUUCUCACACUCGCACACACACUCAUCGAGGUGAGACACACUCGGCGUUCUUCCUCUACAGUAGUCGGAACUGUAGAGACGCAUAUUCACACCGGGCUUCUUUGCUUGACCUUUAGUGUCUCUUGACUGGACUGAAUUUUUUGGGCCUUAAGAGUUCCUUUUCUGCCUGUUGCUGUUGCUACUGUCGCUCAACGCCCCUGUGGUUGUGCCUGGCAGGAGUUAGAGACUGUUGACCUGCCAUGUUUCUUGCACUUGUGGUGACGCCAGAGCUGAGGGAGUUCCUGGCCAGAGCAAAAGGUGGAGCAGUGCGCCUCAUCAAGGUGCGCAUCCAAGACGAGCAGCUGGUGCUGGGGGCCUACAGAGAACCUGAAAAAAGCUGGGACCAGGACUAUGAUCGCUUUGUACUCCCUGUCCUGGACGACCAGGAGCCCUGCUACAUCCUGUACCGCCUGGACUCCCAGAACGCACAGGGUUUCGAGUGGAUCUUCAUUUCAUGGUCUCCUGACCAGUCUCCAGUGAAACAGAAGAUGGUGUACGCUGCCACACGUGCCACGGUGAAGAAGGAGUUUGGCGGUGGCCAUGUGAAGUACGAGAUGUUUGGCACAGCCGAGGAGGACAUCUGUCUGCUGGGAUACCAGCGCCAUGUGUCGUCCUGCUCAGGACCUGCCCCGCUCACGUUAGCAGAGCAGGAGCUCCAGAGGAUCAAAAUCACUGAGGUGAAGACGGAGAUGAGCGUGGACAGUAAACACCAGACACUUCAGGGUCUGGCUUUCCCUCUGCAGGAGACGGCCAAAAGAGCCCUACUGCAACUCGCCCAAAAACACAUCAACUACAUACAACUGAGGCUGGACGUGCAGAGGGAGACAAUCGAGCUGGUCCAUUCCAACCCGACAGAAACUCGAGAUUUGCCCUGCAGAGUUCCCAAAGACACUCCCAGAUACCACUUCUUCCUCUACAAACACUCCCACGAAGGAGACUACCUGGAAUCUGUUGUGUUCAUUUACUCCAUGCCCGGGUACAGCUGUAGCAUCAAGGAACGGAUGCUCUAUUCCAGCUGCAAGAGUCGACUACUGGAGGAAGUGGAGAAAGAUUACCAUUUGGAAAUUGCUAAAAAGCUGGAGAUCGACAACGGGGACGAACUGACGGAGGAGUUUCUGUACGACGAGGUCCAUCCCAAGCAGCACGCCCACAAACAGGCCUUUGCUAAACCCCGUGGCCCAGCAGGGAAGAGGGGACACAAGCGUCUCAUCAAGGGGACGGGAGGGACCACGCUGAACAGCUAAAGGUUCUCCUUCUCCCCCCUAACCUGUCAGGUCCAGAGGAGUCAAGCACACGGGUGGAUUCCCUCCACUCUUUGUGUACUGAAACAUGUGAUGUUGAAAACAAACCUCUCUCUGUAUGUGUCUGUCUCUCUUAAUGUAUUUUUCUCUUAUACAUAUAUAUAUAUAUAUAUAUA